GCAGCGGCGGGCUGGUUAUUUCUGCAGGAAGGUUUUUAGUUCCAGGAGUUCUUACUGGCUGCUCCUUGUAGCAGGCACUAUUUAUCCCCGAACUGCCUCCGUGAAUCUUAUCUGCGCCCUCAGCAGUUUAUUGACCAACGAGUAGAUUUGUUGAGGUGAGGAGACACCGCAAUGGAGAGUUGGAACGGACCGGGAUCGCUCCUUUUCACCAUAUUGUCUCUCUGCUCUGUUGCGGGAAGCCAGACAGUCUCCCACAGCUUGACAUAUUUCUACCUCCAUUCGAUAAACAUUCCUGAGCUGCCAUACAUCUUCAUGGUUGGGAUGUUGGAUGACCUGCAGAUAUGCUACUAUGACAGCACCAUCCAGAGGGUAGAAGCCAAGCAACAGUGGAUCAUGGACGGCUUUUCAGCUAACGACUGGAAAAACCAGAAAGAGAUCCCGGACUCAAUUAAAAAGUUACUUCCUCCUAAUCUGACUCCAUUCGCCUCAAUGCUUUGCAUCAGAUACAUCCAGGGGCUUCUGGGCUGCACGCAGUCUGCAAAUACAUUCAAAACCUUCCUCAAGAUUGGCUGCCGAGAUUUGGGAGAGCUCAUUUGUGACUUCAUCACCGGGAAGUGUAUUACCACUGGUGUCCUGAUGUUGGUCAAUGAUUAUCUUCAGCAAGUUAAUAUUGCUGAUAUUCCUGAAAUUUAUAUGCUGAACAGUAGCUGCAUUCAGUAUUUGCAGAAAGGUCUUUGGCUUGGCAGAGAGGAGCUUCAAAGGCAAGUUGCUCCAGAGGUUCAGUUGUUGAAAAAGAGGCCAAGAGCUACUGAGAGUGAGAGUCUCGCAUACAUCAUCACUCCCUUCUACCCCCGUGCUAUCAACGCCACUUGGCUGAAGAAUGGACAGGUUGUCUCCAAGGGCUACGAGGUGACCGUGCUACCAAACUACAAUGAUACAUACUGGAUAGAAUUAGUCAUUGAGCUGCAGGAUAAUGAUACGAACAUUUAUACCUGUCAUGUCAAGCACAGCAGCCUGCUGGGGCACUGA